UGAAUUUUCAAAGAUGAAUUACAUACUACGUUUAAGUUUGAACUUAUAACAGUUCCCGGAGUUUCACUGUGUUUUAAAGAAAUUUGACUAUAAGUGGUACAACUGUAAUUGUAAAUUUGAUUACAAAGUAGAAAUAGGAAUCAGAAGUAAUAAACUUGAUUCUAAGGUGUAUGAAAAAAAAAAUAGAUACAAUAAUGGGAAAUUAUAUUAACAAAUUUUUUAUUCACAAUACUGAGAUUUCUAACAAUGAAGUGGAAAAAGAAGAAAUAAAACAUCCAUCGCCUAUUGAUGAAGUAACUGUAGAAAAAGACAUCAUGCAAACUCCACCAAUAAUUCAUAAAACAUCAAUUAUUGAUCCCAGAUCAAUAACAAGUGGAAUAACUCGAACACCAAUAGAGGUAAAUAGUACACCAGUUAGAGUAAAUAAAAGAUUAUCAGCAAUCCCAAGACAUUUACAAACUGCACAAUAUUUGGAAACAGACAUGGAUAAAAUAAUGCUUUGCUUAACUCCGAAGAAACCUUUCAUGCCAAAAAUAAUGGACACUUCAAAAAUACAACUGCCAAAAGUAGUUGAAGAUGCAGAUAUCUUUUUAACACCGACAACUAAUAAUUUACAUGAUAAAAAGACAAUUACAGAUAUAGAGGAGGAACGUUACAAAAUCUUGGGACUUGAUCCCAGAUCCCCAGCAGCAGAUUUCGACAGAACACCAAUUUUAUUGCCAAAAUCUAUAGAACGUUUAAGAGCAAGGUCUCAAAAUUAUUUGCAUAGACAUGGUAGUUAUGAUACAGAUAUGUUUUGUCAAAAAUUUUCAUACUGUGAAUUGUCAUCACGAUUCGGUGUAACUGAAAUACAAGCUCUGCCUGAUUUGACUACAUCAGCAACAGAGUCUUUAAACCUGGUUAUUAAGAAUGACGAUGACAAAUCCAGUGACUCUAAAUCACGAUGUUCUAGUUAUUCAUCUGAAACUGAGUGCAUUUCAGCAGAGGAAAAAUUGGAAGACCAGGAUGAAUUUCAAGAAAUCUUGGAACAGGAUAAGUGCAAUGAUGUGCAUGUUAAUGAAAGUAUAGACCAAACAAAAUGUAUGUUAAGUGAUACAAUUAAAGUGUGGAAAGAUCCAUCAGUAUUGGAUCAACCUCAAAAAUUAAAAACAAAUGACUCGGACAAUGCACAAAUUAUUGAGGAGAAGAUACCGCAAGCACUUAAAGAAGAAGUAAUUAUAACAUUUGAUGAUGAUAGCAUAAUAGAAUUAGCUAAUUCAAAAAACGAAAAUGCAAAAAUCAAUGCAGUAAGAAAAAAGAAGAAAAGCCGUAAAUCAGACAUCAAAAUUACAACAGAUGAAAACAAAUUUUUUAAUCUAAGUGAUAAAAAUAGAAGUGCAAAGGUUCGAACACCACUCGGAAUUCGUUCAAAUAAUGAACAAGUGCAAACAUUAUUAACAAAGUCACCACAAGUAUUUAAAAACAAAGGUACUGUCACAAAAGUAUCGCAAGAAAAUACCUCACCACACAAAAGAUAUAUUACAAAGUCGAAAUUAAAUGAUAUGCAGUGGGAUUCAGAUUCUACAGUUAUUAUUUAGAAUUAUUUUUAUAAUAUAAAAAAUUUAGAUAUAGUUUGCAUUUUUUACAAAUAUCUUUUUAAGAAACUCAAAUAAUUGUAAAAAUGAAUUAUAUACAUAAUUGUAAAUCAAUUGCAAUAAUAUGUAGUUAUUUAAUAUAGAACAAAUAAUCUUUCCAAUAAAAUUUUUCUUUUUAUUAUUUGUUUUCAUACAAAGUUAUGGGUUUUCCUUAUUAUUCAUUUGCAUAGCUGCUCGUAUUUGUAACUUGGCUUUAUAAAUUGACGAUUGUAAGUUUUCACUUGGUUGUAUCAACUGAGAUACG